CGUAGCUCAACGACACCCAGCAUCGCUAUAACCAUCCCAUCAUCAUCAUUCACGUCGUCUUCGAGCGUGCAGUGCACAGUAGAGCAGCCGAGAGCACGGCACACCAUGGACAGAGAUCGAGACAAUCUCCUGCCACCACUUCCCCCGCCUCCCCGCGGCAGCGGCAGCAGCACUGCCAACGCACCUGGUCGCUCUGCACUCAGCAGCGGGGGCCCGCCUGGCUCCGCUCUGGGAGGCGGUACAGGCUAUAGCGACGCGUUUAGUAGGCACCAUCCUUCCAUGCAUCCAUCGCAGCAGCAGCAGCGGCACCAACAAGAAGAGCAGCAACAGCAGCAACAGCAACAGCAACAGCAGCAACAGCAACAGCAACAGCCACCAUCCAGGCAUGACCCAGGGGGUUACCCAUAUCACUCGCAUUACGACGGUCCAGGCGGAGCAGGGCAAAUGUCUCAACCGUCUAUCGUGGCUGACAGGCGGCCAGGCUCCUACUCUGGCUCGACGUCACCCGUCCAUCGCUCACGCACUCCGCCCUCCGCCUACGGCAGGCCACUGCCUCCUAGCGCAGGUCUCCCGCCUUCCUCGCGGGAUCAUCAUCAGCAGCAGCAGCAAAACGGGGCCGCAGGAGCACCAACCGGCGGUCCACGUGGGCGACAACUGCCUUCCUGGGAUCACGCCAAUCCAGCCAUGUCGGCCCCGCCUAGCUUGGCCCCACGCUCGGCAGGAGGAGGAGGAGCAAGGUCCAGGCCGCCGCAUUCACCUACGAACCACGUCGCCCGCGAGCUGCAGCUGGCCGGCAGUCCCGGCAGUGACGUUCGAGCCGCCAGCCAGGGUCCUGGCAGCGAGUUCUUCCCUGGCCCACUGAACAACUCGCGUCUUCCGCCGCAGCCGCCUCUUGCAUCUUCCGCUUCAGCCGGCGGGGGGCGCCGGUCGUCCACCCAGUCCCGCAGCGUCAGCGAGACGUACGGACCUGGCCCCCUCGGCGACAUGCAGGAUCAAUGGCAGCGCAGCGCCACGGUCGGGCCGGGCUCACAUCCCGUCUCCGUCUCGGCGCAGAGUCAGCCGCCCGGCCUGUCCUCUGUCUCGAUCAGCUCGUCCUCUGUUGGCGGCGGAGGCAGGGCAAGCGUCCAUCACCGCCAUUCGGCCUCGAGCCUCGCCGCAUCAUCGUCGUCGUCGGCGUCAGGCCCUCACUACCACCACCUCCACCAUCACCACCCUCACUCCCACCACUCUUCUAUUGCUGCAUCGCACCAUCAUCAUCACCUUUCCGCGCCCUCUACGGCGUCCGGCCCACCACCGGGCCCAAGCUCACCGCCGAGUCAUGCACCGUUCCGUUCGCCCGAUCUGCCGAGGCGCGUCAUGUCUGACAGCUACGCUGCCGGUCCGCCACCACCACCAGGCGCAGGCGGUGAGCCUGCGGGCUCGCGCAACGACCCGAUGAGCAUGAGCUCGAUCCUUAGCGGGUCUAGUGGUGCCGGCGUGCGUAGCGACGCGCCGAGAUAUGGCGCAGGAGACGAGCGCAGGAUCCAAGGUGAACGGGAGCGCGAGCGCGAAAGGUCCGCGCGGGCCGGCGGCUCGCCUCCUUCCAAUGCCACGUCCGGAGGGCCUUUGCCGGUACCAUCCGUCGCCGGCAUCGCGACCAACAGUAACAACAACAGCAGCAGCAACAACAACAACACCAACGCCACCACCACCAACAACAACAACAACCAUAACAACAGCGACAGCAGCAACAAUAACAACAACCACAGCAGCAGCAGCAGCAAAAGCAAAAACUCGGCAUCGUCCGGGACGCAGCUGUCCAUCUCCGUUGCGGCCAACUUGGCUCGGCGCAAGUGGAGCGGUCCUAUCGCCGAGGAGGCCGAGCGGCAGGCGGCCGCAUGGCGUGCACAGGAACAAACGCGCUGGGGUGUUGCGGGUGGGCACUCGCGCGUGCGCAGCGGCGGCAGCGCCGUCGGCGUUGAGCCGGCGCUCGCCAGCGCCGCCGUCGCCGCCGCGAACAACUUUGGCAUCGUGCCGCCUGCUUCAGCGCGCAGCAAGACCGCCGCGCUUCAUGGCAACAGCACUAGCCAGAGCCCGCUCGCUGGCGGCCAGGCGCCGCUCCCUCCGUCAGCCGCCGCUGGAUCUGUCGCAACGGCGGGGGCACAGCCGCCGCCGCAGCCAGCAGCGGAGAAGAAGCGCAAGAGAGAGUCGCCAGCGUCGCAGUCCGCCGCUGCUCCUAGCCCUCAUGCAAGAGGAGGUGCUGGCAUCGCUGUGGGCAACCAGCAGCGCGCUGGCGUAUCCGCGUCAUCGCGCGACAUUUCGCCUGCUCCACGCUCGCGAGUGGCUCAGCAACAACAACAACAACCACAUGUACAGGGGGGGCAAGUGCAGGGACAGGGGCAAGGGCAGCAGCGAUUCUCGCCGCAUGGAGCGCCUAGCCAACUGCCCCCGCAUCACCCAUCUCAUGCACAUCGGCACCAUCAGCAGCACCCUCCCCCGCCGCCGUCGCACAGCUCGAUGCCACCACCAGGGUACGGGUACCCGUACGCGCCUGGCGGAAAUCCGUAUGACGGCCCGCCACCACCGCCGACAGCCACUCCCGGGCCGUAUGGAGGCGCUCCGCACCACCACCACCAGGCUAAGGACGAAUACUACGCUUCUGGGCCGAUGCAGAUGCAGCAUCAGCACGGGCUUGCCCACGCACACGCGCAUCCCCACCAACAGCACUCGCAUCAGCUCCAGCAUCAGCACCAGUAUCAGCACCAGCACCAGCAUCAGCAUCAGCACCAACAUCAACUGCCGCACUCGCACCAGCACCCGCAUGCUCACCCGCACCACCCCCAUGCGCACUCUCAUCACAACAUGCACGUUCUCUCACAUGGCUGUCCACCUCCACAGCUGCCACCGCACGAGAUGGGCAUGUAUGUCGCUUCGCCGUACGACGCGCACAUGUCUGCCCGGUCUCUGCCGCCCGAGGGCUCCACGCCCACCGCUGGCGCUGGCGCUGUGGGCCCCUCGCCACCGUCGUCGCUGCCUCUGCAGGUGCAGGCUUCUCACCACGCUCACGUGCAGGGUCAGGGCCAGUCAAAGCAGGCGCUAGGACCUGCUGCGAGCGCAUCAGCUGCUCCGGCGCCUCCACCACGAAGUAGGACAACCAGGCCGGAGAAGCGCGCGCGCACGGAGCUUGUCGAGCAUAACCCGCUGCCGCCGGCCUCGUCCGACGUCGCACGUGCCGGCCCACCUCCAACGGCAACGACGACGACGAUCCCCAUCGACGCCGCUGCGCCGCCGUCCUACGGCGCUCACGGCGUACCGCUACCGCCCAGUGCCGCUGGUCCCAUCUCGUCUGCGCAGUCUAUCGAUGCAGUUGGCGCCGCAGUUGGGGCAGCCUACUAUGGCCAGAACGCUAGUGCCAUGGGCGCUGCAACGCCGCAGCCGCAUUCCACGCUGGCCGCGACGAGCAUGGCAGGUGUCGUCCAUCCAGCGCAUGGUCUUGCGCCGUCCACUGCUGUCGUUCCGGGCUCAGGUGCAAGUGCCAUCGCAGGCGUGCCUGACCUGCCGGUCCCGGCACCGCGCGACCUAAACGCAGGCCCGCGUGUCGACAGUGAGCCGGUCUGGGAGCACCUGGAGAGAUGCGAGAAGCUCGAGGCAGAUCGGAGACGCAACGAGGCGCUCAGGACCAAGGCACGCGUCGAAGCGGAAGCGGAAGCCAAGGCUGGGAAAGCUCCAAAGCCUGACAACGCCGGAGAGGACAACGAGGCUGCCGCCACCGACAGCGCUGCAAAGCAGACGUGUACAAACGUGCUGGAUGAGAUCAUCAAUGGUACCACUACGCCAGGGCUCGGUCUCGGUCGCGGCAGGCCUGUCAGCCAUCUCGGCACGUGGAUCUAUGAUCCGCUCGUGGACCCUCUUAUACCAGGCGAGCUGCUCGCUACCAAUGUCGGCGGGACGAUGGAGGUCCGCAUCAGCGGCGAGCGACUCGGGCCCGGGCCGUCGAUUGAGGAGAUGCAGCGCGAGUACGACACGAGCAAUAUCACGGCACCGCGCUCGGUGCCUUCUCAGACCGUCGGCCGAUGGCGUUUGGGCUGGCGCGGUCGCGAGCAUGCACGCAUGACGAGGGAGAUGUGCGCGGCCAUGUCGGCUAGUGACCCUGCCUCCGCGAGCAUCGCAGGCCAUCGCUCCAGGCUCAGCAAUGUGACACGCAUCAGCAGCAGUAGCAGCAAUACGACGAGCCUGUCCAAGGAAGCUGGAGAUUGCCACUCGCAGAAGGAACGCAGCGUGAAGCGCAUCUCAGCCUCCGAAGCUGCGUGGGCUUUCCGCGAUAUGACGCCGCUAGCGAAGCGCAAGCUGUGGGGGACGGACGUCUACACGGACGACUCGGACGUACUGGCCAUGUGCGUGCACGCCGGCUGGGUCGAACUGCCUGCCUUCCCAACCGGCGAGGUGGCCGAGUGGUUGCCUUCUGGCCUGGCAAUGAAGCAGUGGAAGAAGAUGGUUGACCCGGAGCAAGGCCCGGACACGUCUGCGGGGGUGAAGGCGCAGCCUAUCAACGGCAACAGUGGAACCGGUCACGCUCAAGACGGCGAUACGGAGAUGCAGGACGCUACCGCCGCAGAGACCGAUGUGAAACGACGUGAAGGUGCUGCCACAGGCGGAGAUGUGAUCGUCGAGGCGCCGUUGCGCCCGUGUGAUCUGUCUGUUGUCCUGCGCAUUGCGCCGCGUCUCAUCGCGUACAAGGGCUGCCACAGGGCCGGCAUCAAGAGUCGCAGUUGGGGCAACACGCACGACGGAGUCAGUCUGGUCGUCGAGAGUGUCGAGCUCAGGGAGCCUGGAUAUGCAUUUGCAGGGGGGCGCGCCGCGCUCAAGCAGCGGAUCAACCAGAUGGCAUUACUCCACCUGUUGGCCAAUACAGCCGCUGAGCGACCUAAGGUCUCUGGAAGCGGUGGAGAGCAGCAAAGACCAGAUGAGGCCGCUAAAGGAGGUAGGCUGUGCGAGCUAGCCAGCGGCUCUCAGCAGAUGCUUGUCAGCCUCAAGGAGAUCGGUAACCGCGUCGCUGCUGCGUCCACAAUCAGCAGCCCUGAGGCCAACACGAACGAAAGAGGAGGCAACACAGCUGACAAGGAGAAGGAAAAGACUGUGGAAACGGUCAAGGAGAAGGAAGGCAGCAAGCCGAAGGCGUCCAAGCUCCGAAUGCUGUGGAGAUGGCACGUGCCAACUGCUGCUGCAGCGGCGCCUGCCACCGCGUGAGAUCGUGAGAGAGCAGUGUCCGCCGUGUCAUGUAAAAUCAUGUGAUCAACGACCGAAGACGUGGGCCUUGUCCUUACCCGACAACUUACAAGAUGUGUGACUAUCAUUCCGUAUGGCGAUGGCCGAUGAGGCGCUACUCUUAUGUGCAGUCAGUGUGGCUUCCAUGUUACAUACUUUAUGUUUCACCGAAAACCAAGUGAACAAAAUCAUGGGCGAUGCGAUAACAAUAGCGCAAGCGAUAACAACCCCGGACUCUCAUGCAUGGUGGCUGGCGGACGGUGGCCGACAUGGACUUGCCGCAAGCGGCUCCGACUCUUGUGAAUGUAUGGCCUCUGCUCGCGUUGC